AUGCCUUCUCUGAAUAUCACUGAUGCCCGCCUGUCUGGCUGCUUUCUUACUGGAAUCCCAGGUCUGGAGGAUGAGCACAUCUGGCUUUCUAUACCCUUCUUCAUCAUGUAUAUGGCUGCCUUAGCAGGGAAUAGCAUCCUAAUCAGUGUAAUCAUCACUCAGAGGAGCCUUCAUGAACCCAUGUACCUGUUUCUGUCCAUGCUGGCCAGUGCUGAUGUCCUUCUCUCCACUUCCACCAUGCCCAAAGCUCUGACCAUCUUCUGGUUGGGGACCCAAGCCAUCUCUUUUAAUGAAUGUCUCACUCAGAUGUUUUGUAUCCACUUUCUGUUUGUGGCUGACUCAGCAAUCCUGCUGGCCAUGGCAUUUGACCGUUAUGUGGCCAUCUGCUCACCUUUACACUACCACAACAUUCUUACUCCCACUGUUAUAAAAAAGAUAACUGGAGCCACACUUACACGUAGCUUCUGUAUUAUAUUCCCAUCUGUCUUGCUCCUCAAAAGGCUACCCUAUUGCAAGACCAAUAUAAUUUCACAUACAUUCUGUGAGCACAUGGGCAUUGCCUGGCUGGCCUGUGCUGAUAUUUCUGUCAAUGUCUGGUAUGGCUUGGCAGCUGCCUUGCUUUCCACAGGUCUAGAUAUUAUUCUUAUUGCCGUCUCCUAUGUAUUAAUCUUACGCACUGUCUUCCAUCUUCCUUCACAGGAGGCUCAGCGCAAAGCACUGGGUACAUGUGGCUCUCAUAUUUGUGUUAUUCUACUCUUCUACAUCCCUGCCCUAUUUUCUGUCUUUGCCUACCGUUUUGGUAGGAAAAAUAUUCCCCGUUAUGUCCACAUCCUCCUAGCCAACCUUUAUGUUGUUAUCCCACCCAUGCUCAACCCUGUCAUUUAUGGUGUGAGAACCAAACAGAUUUGGGAAGGGGCUGUCCAGAUGUUUUCACAGUUGAGGAAGUAA